CUCGGAGGAUGUUGUGGAGGAAGUGCAUGACGAUGAAGUAAAGCCAAUACAUAUCGAUGACUUCUCAGUUGAGGAAAGAAACCCCUGUUUACAAACUCUGGAAUCAGAAACAAAGUCACCUUUUGAUUCGCAACCUGUGGACAAUUCUGUGAGCAUCAAAGAGGAAACUCACUCUGGCUUCAAACUCACAGGGAACAGAAGAAAACUGGGGUCAAGCCGAAGACUUAAAGGACGACAGCACGGCCCAGAGAUCACUGAACCGGCAGAGGAAGUUGUAGAAAAUACCUGCAGUGAUGAAGAAAAGACUGAAAAAGAAAAAUGCCAACAGGAACAAUAAGUCAGGAAGAAUUGAAAGAGCAAACCAGCCCAGAUUUCAAUCUCACUAAGAAAAUUACAUCAGCUGUGGAGGAGCAGGAGAACACAGAAGAAAUACCAGAUGAAGAUACAACUCUGUCACUGAAUAUGAUGGACAACAGCACAACAGUGACAACAGACUUUCUCAAUUCUACUGAAGAAGUCCAAGAGGCAGAGAAGAAAUUCAUAAAAGAGCCAGAAGAUUUAACUCCACUUCCAGUUCAUGAUGUAGUUCAAAUGGACUUGAUACAAGCUGUGGAAGCCUCAGUUUGGAAUGAUAAUUCAGACUCACAAAAUAUCUCAAAUCAUGAUGACAAUGUCAGGACCAAAUCUGUCCCAUCUGACGUACUCGACCAAGAAGAAACCUCUCACAUCCAAAACACAGAAUCUUCACCCUGUGACACAGACUCAGUGGGACAAGAAAUUUGUGUCCAACAGACAACUAACGUGAAUGAAUCUGAGGGAGAUGUCGUGUUAAACGAAGCAACAAGUUUAAUGGGUGCACAAGGGUCUGAAGAGGUUGACUUGGAAGAAGAACGCAAAGAUCCUGCCAAUAAAGACCAUUUGGCAGAAGACACAAACACUUCAGUUGAAGUCACACCCAAUGAACCUUUUUCUGUUGCACAAAAUGAACCUGAAACAUUUGAAAUUGGUCAUGAGGAAAACACAAGAGCAAAGCCAGCUGAGAAAGUUGGGAUUUCUCCAGCAGCAGAUACAUCUAACAGCCGAGGAGAAACGGACAGCAAAGAUAAAACAGAUCAAAGAAACUUGGAUGUGGAUUUAGAUGUAGAUGUGAGAAAUCUUGACAGGAUGGAGGUGGUGGAGGAGUUAUCGUCAAUAGUCACAAAAGAGGAAAAUGCACAUGGGUCACUGAGUACUGUGGAUAAAGAAAAGGACAUUAAUGAAACCAGUUCUGUGCACAAUGAUGGACAAAAGCUGCAAAGCAAUACCUCUGACCUGCAGACAAUAGAGAGUAACAUGAUUCCAAACAGAGAGGAUUCAAUGGCUCUUCUUCCUGAUCAGUCAGCCUUCCACAAUGAGGAAGUUGUUAAUCCUGUCACAUUUGUUCAGGGAACUGAUGUAAGGGCUGGUGAGGUAGAUGUAGAUGUUAGUGCGGAGCCAACACAGCAAGAUGAUUUUAGAAGCAAUGAGAUGCAAACAACCUCUGUGGUCAUUGGUAGAAGAAGUCCAUCAAUAAAUCUGUUGCUGCCUCCAAAUACUGAGGACGCUAUCAACACUGACUCUGUUAUUAUAGAAGCUGCACAAAGUGAUAAGCAAAGUCCAGAAGGCCUUAAAGAAGGCCUAAUACAGGACCAACCUUUCAAAUCAGUAGAGGCACCAAGUGUUGUUGUGGCAGAUCAGGAGAUGGUAGAAUCUGUCACACAAGAGCCAAACAACGCUCCUGAAGGAGCUCACAAAACCAACUUUGAGAUGAAGGAUUCAAGUCCACAUGUCAGUCCCAACAGGCGAAGAAAGAUGGGCUCCACCCGCAGAAACCUUGGAUCACGAUCCAAAGUGGAAAACCCACAUCAAGAGCAGACACAUACACAAUCAGAGAGUGUAGAGUCCUCCAGCAAACCAGAGAUAACCACAGAGAAAAGCAACUACAGAGAACAUACAGAGCCUAAAUAUGGAGUUGAGCAAGUGGCAGUUUCAUCACCAAAGGAGGAGACGUCUACAAUGGAGGGUCAAAAUGAACAUUCAAGCUCAUCUGAGGUCAGAGGUGCGCAGUACUCGGAGGAUGUUGUGGAGGAAGUGCAUGACGAUGAAGUAAAGCCAAUACAUAUCGAUGACUUCUCAGUUGAGGAAAGAAACCCCUGUUUACAAACUCUGGAAUCAGAAACAAAGUCGCCUUUUGAUUCGCAACCUGUGGACAAUUCUGUGAGCAUCAAAGAGGAAACUCACUCUGGCUUCAAACUCACAGGGAACAGAAGAAAACUGGGGUCAAGCCGAAGACUUAAAGGACGACAGCACGGCCCAGAGAUCACUGAACCGGCAGAGGAAGUUGUAGAAAAUACCUGCAGUGAUGAAGAAAAGACUGAAAAAGAAAAAAUGCCAACAGGAACAAUAAGUCAGGAAGAAUUGAAAGAGCAAACCAGCCCAGAUUUCAAUCUCACUAAGAAAAUUACAUCAGCUGUGGAGGAGCAGGAGAACACAGAAGAAAUACCAGAUGAAGAUACAACUCUGUCACUGAAUAUGAUGGACAACAGCACAACAGUGACAACAGACUUUCUCAAUUCUACUGAAGAAGUCCAAGAGGCAGAGAAGAAAUUCAUAAAAGAGCCAGAAGAUUUAACUCCACUUCCAGUUCAUGAUGUAGUUCAAAUGGACUUGAUACAAGCUGUGGAAGCCUCAGUUUGGAAUGAUAAUUCAGACUCACAAAAUAUCUCAAAUCAUGAUGACAACGUCAGGACCAAAUCUGUCCCAUCUGACGUACUCGACCAAGAAGAAACCUCUCACAUCCAAAACACAGAAUCUUCACCCUGUGACACAGACUCAGUGGGACAAGAAAUUUGUGUCCAACAGACAACUAACGUGAAUGAAUCUGAGGGAGAUGUCGUGUUAAACGAAGCAACAAGUUUAAUGGGUGCACAAGGGUCUGAAGAGGUUGACUUGGAAGUGGUGGAGGAGUUAUCGUCAAUAUUCACAAAAGAGGAAAAUGCACAUGGGUCACUGAGUACUGUGGAUAAAGAAAAGGACAUUAAUGAAACCAGUUCUGUGCACAAUGAUGGACAAAAGCUGCAAAGCAAUUCCUCUGACCUGCAGACAAUAGAGAGUAACAUGAUUCCAAACAGAGAGGAUUCAAUGGCUCUUCUUCCUGAUCAGUCAGCCUUCCACAAUGAGGAAGUUGUUAAUCCUGUCACAUUUGUUCAGGGAACUGAUGUAAGGGCUGGUGAGGUAGAUGUAGAUGUUAGUGCGGAGCCAACACAGCAAGAUGAUUUUAGAAGCAAUGAGAUGCAAACAACCUCUGUGGUCAUUGGUAGAAGAAGUCCAUCAAUAAAUCUGUUGCUGCCUCCAAAUACUGAGGACGCUAUCAACACUGACUCUGUUAUUAUAGAAGCUACACAAAGUGAUAAGCAAAGUCCAGAAGGCCUUAAAGAAGGCCUAAUACAGGACCAACCUUUCAAAUCAGUAGAGGUUCCAAGUGUUGUUGUGGCAGAUCAGGAGAUGGUAGAAUCUGUCACACAAGAGCCAAACAACGCUCCUGAAGGAGCUCACAAAACCAACUUUGAGAUGAAGGAUUCAAGUCCACAUGUCAGUCCCAACAGGCGAAGAAAGAUGGGCUCCACCCGCAGAAACCUUGGAUCACGAUCCAAAGUGGAAAACUCACAUCAAGAGCAGACACAUACACAAUCAGAGAGUGUAGAGUCCUCCAGCAAACCAGAGAUAACCACAGAGAAAAGCAACUACAGAGAACAUACAGAGCCUAAAUAUGGAGUUGAGCAAGUGGCAGUUUCAUCACCAAAGGAGGAGACAUCUACAAUGAAGGAUAAAACUGAGCAUUUGAGCUCAUCUGAGGUCAGAGCUGCGCAGCACUCGGCGGAUGCUGUGGAGGAAGUGCUUGAAGAGGAAGUAAAGCCAAUACACAUGCCAACAAUGCAUCAAACCGAUGACUUCUCAGUUGAGGAAAGAAACCCCUGUUUACAAACUCUGGAAUCAGAAACAAAGUCGCCUUUUGAUUCGCAACCUGUGGACAAUUCGGUGAGCAUCAAAGAGGAAACUCACUCGGGCUUCAAACUCACAGGGAACAGAAGAAAACUGGGGUCAAGCCGAAGACUUAAAGGACGACAGCACGGCCCAGAGAUCACUGAACCGGCAGAGGAAGUUGUAGAAAAUACCUGCAGUGAUGAAGAAAAGACUGAAAAAGAAAAAAUGCCAACAGGAACAAUAAGUCAGGAAGAAUUGAAAGAGCAAACCAGCUCAGAUUUCAAUCUCACUAAGAAAAUUACAUCAGCUGUCGAGGACUCUGUUAAUAUAGAAGCUACACAAAGUGAUAAGCAAAGUCCAGAAGGCAUUAAAGAAGGCUUUAUACAGGAUCAACCUUUCAAACCAGUAGAGGCACCAAGUGUUGUUGUGGCAGAUCCGGAGAUGGUGGAAUCUGUCACACAAGAGCCAAACAACGCUCCUGAAGGAGCUACCAAAACAAACUUGGAGAUAAAGGAUUCAAGUCCACAUGUCAGUUCACCCAACAGGCGAAGAAAAAUGGGCUCCACCCGCAGAAACCUUGGAUCACGAUCCAAAGUGGAAAACUCACAUCAAAAGCAAGAGGUGGAUAAAGAGGAUGUAAAUGUUGGAGAUGUGUCUCCUGAAAGUGUCUCAGUAAUCGCUGAAAAAGAGCCACCGAUUAAUGAUCAGCAGGAAAACAGGGACUCUGAGCAAAGGAAAGAGAAGGUGUUUGAAACAGUGGAACUGAGUCACACUGGUGAAUCUCAGGGGAAAUCUCCAGCUCAGCAAACACUCGAAGAAAAUCCUGAUUCUCUCCAUCAACAAGCAGAAACGGAGCAUCAUCUAACCCCAGAUUACCUCACUGCACUAUCCCCUCCUCAACAUGAUGUUACGUCAGAAUCAGCAGCUGGAGGGAAAAGAAGAAAGCUGGGAUCUAGCCGGAAGUCCCGUGGACCUCAAAAGGAUGAAGACAGAAUGAUGGGUGCACCAAAAGAGAGAGAUGCGAUUCUGACUGAGGAAAGUGUCAGCACGGCAAGUCAAGAGCAGAGAGAAGAGUCUUCGGCCCUGGAUGAAAAAUCAGAGGUUGAUGAAAGUGUGAAAAAAUCAUCAUCUGGCAUCAGCGUCUCAAACGCACAGGAGCACUCAAGGCCUUUGAGUGGGAAGGCCCCUGAAAGAGGGACUCCGCUUCAACAGCCCUAUGCUGAAAUCCGCCUGAGACAAGAGAGUCAAAAUACGUUUGCUUUGGGUAAAUUGAACACAGGUGAUUCCAGAGGAGCAGACGUCGGAUCAAAACGUUAUAACGUGAUGCUGGUUGGAGACAGCUGCGUAGGCAAGACCUCCCUGAUGCAAAGAGCCCAAAGUGGGAAGUUUUCUUUCGAUUUACCCUCCUCUAUCGGCUUGGACACCUCUACGUGGACUGUGAUGGUGGAUGGAAAGCCUGUGGUGCUCCAGUUAUGGGACACAGCGGGUCAGGAAAGGUUUCACAGCAUCACCAGGCAGGUUUUUCACAAAGCGCAGGCGUUCCUCUUGAUGUACGACGUCACGUCUUCUCAGAGCUUCACUGCCAUCAGCUACUGGGCAAACUGCAUCCAGGAAGGUGCAUCGGAAGACGUGACCAUUUUACUUCUUGGGAAUAAGAGUGAUUGUGGAGAACGGCAGGUUAAAACUGAGGAGGGAGAAAUCCUCGCUAAGGAGUACAACUUUGAAUUCAUGGAGUGUAGCGCUGCCACAGGGGAUAACGUGAUUCACUCUUUGGAAACUGUGGCCAGGAUGUUGAGUGAAAAAGAUGACACAAGUGAGGAAGCCAUGGUGUUACACAAAGAGCCCCCCCGGAGCAAAAGGUCAGGAUGUUGCUGAACUUGUGGCGAUGGAGAAACUCGGAUCCAAGUGGACGUUCCGCACUCAGUGUUCAUCACAACGAAACCUGAUACUCCAACUAUUCUUUUUAUCCAUGGCUACAUUUCCUUUUUACGCCUUUGGACAUUUUAGUAUUUCUACCAAGCCUGAACAGGUAAAUGUUUGAUUUAGAUAAUAUAAGAGUAUGAAAUUUCAUGUGUGCUUAUUGGACAUCUCUAUGUAUGUACUAUACACCUAGUGCAGGUGUUGUAUAAUACCAGGAUUAGAUGAACAUCAACUUUUCUUCUAUAAAAAUGCUAAUUUAUAUUGUUGUUCUCUGUAUGUUUCAUCAUUUUAGAUUAAUUUACCUUGCUUGAAAUACUCUGCAGUACUUUACUGGUCCAAUUUCAUAUCGAUGAUCACAUUAAAUUGAUAUUUAUAGAAGAAUUUUAGGAAUGCAAGAAUGUAAUGAAAACAUAUCGUCUUGAGGUCGUAUCGACCUCUUAAUGCGCUUCACAGUACAAGACACAUUCACUCACACAUUCAUACAGAACUAACAUUCACAGCGCUUUUCUAUCACACAUCAUUCACACACCGUCAGAGGCAAUUUGGGGGUUUUCCCCCCCGAGGACACGUUCUGGAUAGUGGUUCUACCUCCUGAUCAACAGCCGCCCAAAAUAAAUGGUUUUCACAAAGAAAAUCAUCUACAUCAUGCAGCUAUUAAGUGUUUGUUCUACACUGUUUGUAUUUUAUGGAAAAUAAGUGUUCAUUUUACUUUCAUGGAAAAAGUAUUGUACCAAUCAGUAUCUUAGAGGAAAUAUUAAAAUAUGAAAUACUGCAUUCCUGAAGAUCUUUUCAUUUUUCUUUAGUACAAAGUGUUAUUUCAAAAUAGUUUUCAUAGUUCAUUGUGAUUCGUGUGUUUACCAAAUGAAUGGUGUCGGACUCAUAAAUUCAUUUCAUGGCUCUAUAAUAAAAGACAGUGGUAAUAAAAUGAUUGACUUGCUCUCAGUAUGAAUGUCUUAAUGAUGUUGUGAAACUUGAGUCACUGAAUACCUGUAAUCAAAUUGUUCUAAUGUCAUGUGUCGUCCUUAAUAAAGCUGCAGAUCGACAA